AUGGAAGCAUUGAGGAAUCCCAAUGAAGCAAACUCAAGCCCUCUUUCUCCUCUUGGAUUCCUCGAAAGAGCAGCCACUGUAUUCGCUGAUUCUCCUUCACUCGUCUACAACCAUCUCACCUACACAUGGUCCGAUACCUUUCGCCGAUGUGUGCAAUUAGCUUCAUCAAUCUCCGGUCUCGGCAUCGGAAAAGGCGACGUCGUUUCGGUCCUCGCACCCAACAUUCCGGCCACUUAUGAGCUUCACUUCGCCGCCCCCAUGGCCGGCGCCGUCAUCAACACCAUUAAUACCCGCUUGGAUGCUCGAACUAUCUCAAUACUCCUCCGUCACAGCGAAUCUAAGCUUGUCUUUGUUGACUACCAGUUAACUCGUCUUAUUGAAGAAGCAGUUUCUCUCCUGCCGGGUGGCUGUGCGUACCCACGGCUGGUUUUAAUCACCGAUGAUGGACCUCCGUCGUUACCCACAGAUCAUUUCGUUGGUACUUAUGAAGGUAUGGUUGAAAACGGUGAUCCGGGAUUCGAAUGGGUUCGGCCGGAAAGCGAUUGGGAUCCAUUAACGUUGAACUACACAUCAGGGACGACUUCGUCGCCGAAAGGCGUCGUCCAUAGCCACCGUGGCACGUUCAUUGUAGCCGUGGAUUCUCUCCUGGAGUGGGACGUACCGAAGCAGCCAGUUUAUUUGUGGACCCUGCCAAUGUUUCACGCUAAUGGGUGGAGCUAUGUGUGGGGUAUGGCGGUCGUCGGUGCGAUCAACGUGUGUCUCCGCCGAUUUGACGCAUCCACCAUAUACACUGCCAUCCACCACCACAACGUAACGCACAUGUGUGGUGCUCCGGUUGUGCUCAACAUGCUAUCCAAAGGGGAACCACUCGGCCGCACUGUACAUAUAAUGACCGCCGGAGCUCCACCUCCUGCGGCGGUUCUGUUAAGAACAGAGUCUUUGGGAUUUGAUGUGACCCAUGGAUACGGAUUAACGGAAACUGGUGGACUAGUUAUAGCAUGUUCGUGGAAGAAACAAUGGAAUCGGUUGCCGGCGACGGAGAGAGCUCGAUUGAAAGCAAGGCAGGGAGUUAGAACCAUCGGGAUGACGGCGGUAGAUAUUGUGGAUCCUGAAUCGGGAGUGAGUGUGGCCCGCGACGGGUUGACUCAGGGGGAAAUAGUAUUGAGAGGCGGGUGUCUGAUGUUGGGUUACUUAAAGGAUCCUGAAUCAACCGCGAAAUGUAUCAGGAAUCGAUGGUUUUACACCGGCGACGUGGGCGUGAUGUACCCAGAUGGGUAUUUGGAAAUCAAAGACAGAUCAAAAGAUGUAAUCAUAAGUGGCGGAGAGAAUCUGAGCAGCGUGGAGGUGGAAUCGGUGUUGUACUUGCAUCCGGCGGUGAAUGAGGCGGCUGUGGUUGGACGGCCUGAUGAGUUCUGGGGGGAAACGCCGUGUGCGUUCGUGAGUUUGAAGGAGGAUGGAGGGAAGCCGCUGCCGACGGCGGUGGAGUUAAUGGAGUUUUGUAAAGGGAAGUUGCCGGGUUACAUGGUGCCGAAAUCGGUGGUGUUGACGGAGGAGCUUCCGAAGACAUCUACGGGGAAGAUUCAAAAAUAUGUACUUCGAGAAAUUGCCAAAAGUAUGGGAUUUGUUGUAAAAACUCGAAUGUAA